GAAGUCCAGUAGUUCAAUAUUAACUCGAGCAGCAGGAAGAGGAUUUCUGGCAUUUGUUAGCAGUUUUCCAGCUCUGUGUGAUGUUCCAGGACUGUUUGGGAUCGCAAGCUUUAUCACUGUAAAGAAUGGGAGCAGUACCAGCGCCUCUUCUUGUCAUACUUCUUCUCAGCCAAGUGUUUCAGCUUACACUCUGCUACGAUGUUUUUAUUGAAGGGAAGAGGGCUUCUCAGGUUAUCCGAGUAAAGAGAGCAAACACGGCUUUUGAGGAGAUUUGGAAGAAAGGGAAUCUGGAGAGGGAAUGUGUGGAGGAGAUCUGUGACCAUGAGGAGGCUCGAGAGGUGUUUGAGGCCAAUGAUAAAACGACUGCAUUUUGGAACACAUACUUGGCUUGUUCUGGCACCACGGUAAAGCGGAAUGUGGAUACCAUCAGAGGAAUUCGAAGUUGUAUCGAUCAGAAAGGUCUCUGCUACGUUAAUACCGGUGAACACUACAAAGGUAAUAUCAAUGUCACUAUCUCAGGAAAACCAUGCCAGUAUUGGAAAAGCAACUUCCCUCACAGAAUCACUGAGUUCAAUACAACAACGCUGAAUCUGCCAGAGAACUUAUGUAGGAAUCCAGAUGAGAGACCCGGUGGGCCAUGGUGCUUCACCAGUGACCCCACUGUCAGGACGGAGAGAUGUGCAGUACCAAAAUGUGGUGAGAAGUUACCACCCACUGUAAUCCCUGUCCUAGUAAAGGACGUGGCUACGCGCUACCAGCAAACCAACUGUUUACCAGGCAAUGCGGAGAGCUACACUGGAACGCUCUCAGUGAGUCUGCAUGGUCACACCUGCCUGGACUGGAACCUUCCCAUAGUGAAAGCUUUGUUUGUGGGUAAGGAUUUCAACCCAGAGGUUACUCUAUCGAAAAAUUACUGCAGGAACCCAGAUGGAGACUUGGAGGGUCCAUGGUGCUACGUGAAGAAGGCAGGAAACAUCACCAUAGACUACUGUGAUUUGGAGCUCUGUGAUGCUCCUCUGGAUGGGCAGGUAGCGGAAGAUAGUGUUCGACAAAGAACUGUUGGAGCCAAAAAGGACACUUUUUUUAACCCUCGCAGCUUUGGCCAGGGAGAAUUAGAAUGUGGCGAGCGACCCUUGUUUGAGAAAGUAAACAAAGAAGAUGCAACAGAAGUUGAGCUCAUCAAAUCCUAUGAAAAACGAAUUGUACAUGGGGAGAAUGCUGAAGUAGGAAGUGCACCAUGGCAAGUGAUGCUGUAUAAGCGUAGUCCUCAGGAGCUGCUGUGUGGAGCCAGUUUGAUUAGCGAUCAGUGGAUCCUCACUGCUGCCCACUGCAUCCUUUACCCACCAUGGGGCAAGAACUUCACCAUUGAUGACAUUCUUGUGCGACUUGGAAAAUAUGAGCGGGCCAAGUAUGAGAGAGGCACAGAGAAGAUUGUGGCUAUUGACGAAAUCAUCAUCCAUCCUAAGUAUAACUGGAAAGAGAAUCUGAACAGAGACAUUGCUCUUCUGCACUUGAAGAAACCUGUCAUCUUCACCAAUGAGAUCCACCCCAUCUGCCUGCCCACCAAGAACAUCGUAAACAUUUUGAUGUCAGUUGGCCACAAGGGUCGUGUGACCGGCUGGGGGAACCUGAAAGAGGCGUGGACAUCUAGCCCUCUGAACCUUCCAGCAAAGCUGCAGCAGAUCCAUUUGCCCAUCGUGGACCAAGAAAUCUGCCGAAAAUCCACCUCCAUCCGCAUUACGGACAACAUGUUCUGUGCAGGUUAUAGCCCUGAAGAGAAUAAACGAGGCGAUUCCUGUGAAGGAGACAGUGGUGGCCCUUUUGUGAUGAAGAAUCCUGAUGAUAAGCGCUGGUACCAGAUUGGUAUCGUUUCAUGGGGUGAAGGCUGCGAUCGGGAUGGAAAAUAUGGAUUCUACACUCAUUUGUUCCGUAUGCGCCGCUGGAUGAGGAAGGUCAUCGAGAAAUCAGAUUCUGCUGAUGAUGACUGAUGUUCUUAUGCUAAUAAUGAGAGCUCCAAAAAUCAGAUCUCUUUCUAAAGUUGUAUUCAUCUGCAAAUAAAAUGUAAUUAUUUUCAACGUG